AUGGAAGGAAAUUGCAACGCUGUUAUUCAACGUAUCCUACCACCAAAGCAUUCAGAUCUAGGAAGUGUCAGAAUACCAUGUUCUAUAGGUGAGGUUGUAGUAGGCAAGGCUCUCAUUGAUUUGGGAGCCAGUAUUAAUUUAAUGCCUCUCUCCAUGUACUGGCGACUUGGAAAGUUAGAAAUAAUGCCCACUCGCUUGACCUUACAGUUGGCAGAUCGCUCCAUCACAAGACCUUAUGGAGUGAUCGAAGACAUUUUGGUUAGGGUUAAACAUCUCAUUUUUCCAGCUGAUUUUGUAGUGAUGGACAUAGAAGAGGACUUAGUUAUUCCUCUGAUUCUGGGACGUCCAUUCAUGUCUACUGCAAGUUGUGUGGUGAACAUAGGAAAGAAAAUGCUUCAAAUGGGUAUAGAAGACCAGAAAAUCAGCUUUGGUCUGUUCCAUGAAGAGAAAGAUGUGCCUGACCAAAAUGUAUGCUUGAGGGUGAAUGUGAUGGACGAAAAGAGAUCUGAGAAGAAGGUUCUGGAGGUUGGAACCUUGUUGGAUCCAGGAUAA